AUGAGUCCAGUGAACAGCUUGUGGUUCAAGUGGAAAAGCCUUCGAUUGCCGUGGCGAAGAUCCUUCCUUGUCGGCACCGACCUAUCCGGAAAUACAUACUGGGAAUUCAAAGACUCACUGAAUGCCGGGCGAUACCGACGGAUCGUCAAGUACAACUCCAAAACCCACUAUGCGGACGUGCAAGUGACUCCCCAGUGGCACCAAUGGCUCCGAUACGUCCGCGCCGACCCUCCCUCGCUUGAAGAACAGCGGCAGGAUGUCCUCCGCCAGCUUCAAAUUAAGCAACUCGCCCACUUAGCCGAUUUGCGCUGGGCAAGUAAGCCCUCCUACCUCGACAAACCGCAAACUCAGCAGCCAAGGCCCGCGACCAGAACAAGCGAUGCCACACUGAAUCCACCGAUGGGAGCAGUUGGCGAGGGUCCCAAGACGCAUAACGCAGUGUCCGGCGCUGAGACGACAAAAGCAGCGGGAACGACGACGCCAACACCCGAUGUGGCGCCGACGGCGAAAGAGGAUCCUUGGGCUAAAGCUCGAACGAGCGACAGUGAGAACUGGCAGCCAGAGUCAUGGACGCCGUCUGCUUCGCGGAGGUGA